UCUUUGUAGGUCGCUGGUCACGUGAGGACUCAUGUGAUCAGUGCACCUCUCAGCAGCCUGCCAGUAAGUUAACGUACCGUCUCACAACAAGCACACAGACGGCGCGAAGGACACAAUGGACACGCCGUUUGCAGUGGUCAUCCCCUUGUUGUUCAGCCCAUUGGUGUGGAGUGGAUACCUGGAAUAUGACCAAAAUGUCCUGGUGCCCAGGGACUGGACUCGUGUUGGUCGGCUCAGGCCAACCGAAGAGCUUGAACUGACCUUUGCACUCAAGCAGCAGAAUAUUGACGUGCUGGAAGAGACACUCAAAGUGGUGUCUGACCCCGACUCACCUCAGUAUGGUAAAUACCUCCAACUUGAGGAGGUGGCCUCCCUCGUGCAUCCAUCUGACCCGUCCCAAAAGGUGGUGCGCAGCUGGCUGCAGAAUCAUGGCGUCACAAACUGCUUGACGGUUCACACUCAAGACUUCUUACAGUGCACAUUGACUGCAGAGGUUGCAGAGGUUCUUCUACCUGGCAGCAGGUUCCAGCGUUAUGUCAGAGACGGUCGAUCCAUCGUGAGGUCCUCAGCACCCUACUCCGUUCCCGAUGACAUCGCACAACACCUUGACUUUGUGGGAGGGCUUCACCGCUUCCCUCCGAGAGGACACAAGCCUGGCUUGGCCUCAUCUAAGUCGAAGGGGAUCCAGCGGAGCGAUGACGCCGUUCACUUCGGAGUGACUCCCGCCGUUUUAAGGACCCGUUAUAAUCUGACAGCAGCUGAUGUGGGAUCAGCUCGGAACAACAGCCAGGCUGUAGCUCAGUUCCUGGAGCAGUACUAUAGCCCUGCAGAUUUGGCGGAAUUUAUGAGGUUUUAUGGUGGCAGCUUCCAGCAUCUGUCCAAGGUGGACCGUGUCGUGGGGACCCAGGGCACCGAAAAGCCCGGUGUAGAGGCCAGUCUGGAUGUGGAGUACAUCAUGAGCACUGGGGCCAACAUCCCCACGUGGCUCUUCACAAAUCCAGGUCGUCACGAGUCCCAAGAGCCGUUCCUGCAGUGGGCGGUCCUGCUUAGCAACAUGUCUGACCUGCCUUGGGUGCACACCAUCAGCUACGGGGACGACGAGGACAGUCUGUCCACUGCCUACAUGCGGCGCAUCAACACCGAGUUCAUGAAGGCCGGCGUCAGGGGCCUCUCUUUGCUUUUUGCUUCUGGUGAUAGCGGGGCCGGCUGCUGGCACGUAUCUAAAGAACAAAACUCCUUCCGGCCCAGUUUUCCCGCCUCAAGCCCUUAUGUGACCACGGUCGGUGGUACCUCGUUCAAGAAUCCUUUCACGGUGACUUAUGAAGUAACAGAUUACAUCAGCGGAGGAGGCUUCAGUAACGUCUUCAAGAUGCCCGAUUACCAGGCCAGUGCUGUCGCCGGAUACCUGAAUAGCGUAGCGGCGACCCUCCCUCCGAAGUCGUACUUCAAUGUCAGCGGGAGAGCCUAUCCUGACAUAGCGGCGCUGUCGGAUAAUUACUGGGUGGUUGUCAGCAGAGUACCCGUGCCGUGGGUGUCUGGGACAUCGGCGUCAACCCCGGUGGUUGGUGGGAUGUUUUCUCUGAUCAAUGACAAACGUCUGAUGAAGGGCCUUCCCGUUUUGGGCUUCCUCAACCCUCGCCUCUACAAGCUCAAGGGACAGGCUCUGUUUGAUGUGACUGAAGGUUGUCACCUGGCAUGCCUUGAUGAGCUGGUACAAGGGCAAGGAUUCUGUGCGGCACCGUCGUGGGACCCGGUGACAGGCUGGGGAACACCUAACUACCCUGCGCUUCUGGCUGCACUAAUAGCUUCGUGAAGUCAGUCAGGUGCUACUUACAGGACAGGUACCAAACAUCGACACAUUGUGUAGUCAUUGUGAUCGAUUGCCAACGCUGUCUGAUUCAUUGACUCACUCAGGUCUUCAGUGAGAUUUUAUCGCUCAAUAUACAAUAAUUUUUAAUUUUUUUUUUUUUUUUUUACCUAGGGUUGUACAUUUUUCUGCAAACAAUUUUGGAAUAAGUUAACGAAUGCUCACAGCAAUGUGACAUAGGGCUGCACAAUUAUGGCCAAAUUGAUGUUGAUCAGUAUUGUACUGGUAAUUAUGAUUAUUAGGCACAAUAAUUAAUUUGGGAAAACGUAUUUUUACCGCACUACUUUUCAACCAGCGUGUUAAGAGUUUUCGAGGCUAAAUGAAACUUUAAAAUAGAACGCAUUAAAAUUUAACCCUUUCAUGCACCCUUGUGACCUGAUAAGCUGUCCACUAUAGUAACCGCUGUCCCUGAAAGGUUUAAUAAUAAUAAUAGAAAAAAAAAGAAAAAUGUGCCAAGGGGCUAACUGAAUAAAUGCGCCGUCUUCUUUAACAUAAUUUGCCUUGUAUCCGAAACAAGUGCAGGCAAACGAAGUUGAUCCCUUUCAAACUCGCCAUGAUUUAUCAGAAUGCACUCUCUUGUUAUUCAGGAAGCCAAAUGAAGCCUGAAUCAUGCAUUCACUCACUUGGUGGUUGGCCGACUGCUGGUAGAUGACAAAGUGCUUGAUUAUAUAUGCAGCAGAGCCCCCAAAUAUCACCUAGGAUGAGAUUAAUUUAGUCAUCGCAGCCAAAAUCAUUUUCCCAAUUAAAAUUUGAAUUAUUGUGCAACCCUAAUUUGCUAUGCAUACACAAUUAUACACGGAUACAUAAGUGGUAGGCGGUAGUGUUUUACAGCCAUAAAGCAAGCAAAUCACUGGAAUAAUAGUAAUUCAAAAUGU